AUGAGUGCCCAGGCCGGUCAAUCUUUCGCUCAUUCCACUGCACCCAUCCGCCCCGUGCGCGAGGUGCAGUUCGGCAUCCUGAGUCCCGAAGAGAUUCGUGCCAUCUCGGUGUGCAAGAUCGAAGUGCCCGAAGUCAAAGAUGAGGCCGGCAAGCCUCGCAUCGGCGGUCUCUCCGACCCGCGCCUCGGUACGCUCGACAGAAAUUACAAGUGCCAAACCUGCGGUGAGGGCCACCAGGAAUGUCCCGGUCACUUUGGUCACAUUGACCUCGCAAAGCCCGUAUUUCACAUCGGCUACCUCGGCAAGGUCAAGAAGAUCCUCGAAUGCGUCUGCUUCCACUGCGGCAAGCUCAAGGCCGAUGUCCUGACCGACCCGGUCUUUGAUCAGAUCGUCAAGGCGACGCGCGGCAGUCGCAAGCGUCGCUUCCAGCGUGUCUGGGAAUACUGCUCCAAAAAGAUGGUUUGCGAGGCAGACGACCCCAAGGACGAGGACGAGAUGGGCUUCGAGGAGCAGGCAAAGCCCGGUCACGGCGGAUGUGGACGUGUCCAGCCCAACAUCCGUCGCGAGGGCCUCAAGCUCUUCACCCAGUGGAAGAAGGGCAAGGGCGAGGACGAAGACGGCGAAGAGUCGGCCAUUGCACAGCCCGAAAAACGCCCCUUGCCCGCAUCCGAGGCGCAUACCGUCCUCAAGAAGAUGUCCUCCGAAGACAUUGCCGUCCUCGGUCUGUCCGAGGAGCACGCUCGUCCCGACUGGAUGAUCUUGACCGUCAUGCCCGUCCCUCCACCACCCGUCAGGCCUUCCGUGCAGGACGGAGGUGAGGACGACUUGACCUACAAGCUCGCCGACGUCAUCCGCGCCAACGCAACCCUCAAAAAGAUGGAGCAGGAAGGCACUCCCGCUCACAUCCUGGCCGACUUUGAGCAGCUGCUCCAAUUCCACUGCGCCACCUUCAUGGACAACGACAUCGCCGGCCAGCCACAGGCCAUGCAGUCCAGCGGCCGUCCCAUCAAGUCGGUCCGUGCGCGUUUGAAGGGUAAGGAGGGCCGUCUCCGUGGCAACUUGAUGGGCAAGCGUGUCAACUUCUCCGCCCGAACCGUCAUCACCGGUGAUCCUCUGCUCGAGCUCGACGAGGUCGGCGUGCCAAAGUCGAUCGCCCGCAAUCUCACAUACCCGGAGCGAGUCACUGCCUACAACAGGGCGUGGCUCUCCGAGCUCGUCCGCAACGGUCCCAACGACUAUCCCGGUGCCAAAUACGUCAUCCGCGACACCGGCGAGCGUAUCGACCUCAAGUACAACCGACGAAGCGACAUGGCGCUGCAGCCCGGCUGGAUCGUCGAGCGCCAUCUCAAGGACGGCGACUACAUUCUCUUCAACCGUCAGCCCUCGCUCCACAAGAUGUCCAUGAUGUCGCACAGGAUCAAGCUCAUGGACUACUCCACCUUCCGUCUCAACCUCAGUGUCACGCCGCCCUACAACGCCGAUUUCGACGGUGACGAGAUGAACCUCCACGUGCCCCAGAGCGAAGAGACAAGAGCCGAGCUCUCGCAGAUCGCUUGGGUGCCCCGUCAGAUCGUAUCGCCCCAGGCCAACAAGCCCGUCAUGGGCAUCGUCCAGGACACGCUCUGUGGUAUUCGAAAGUUCUCGCUCCGAGACUGUCUGCUGGAUUACCAGCAGGUGCAGCAGGUGCUUCUCUGGGUCGCCGACUGGGACGGCGUCGUGCCCAUGCCAUGCAUCCUCAAGCCCAAGCCGUACUGGUCGGGCAAGCAGAUCCUCUCGAUGUGCAUCCCCAAGGGCAUCAACGUCUUCCUCGACAAGGACAAGGGCCUCAAGAACAACUUCUUGAAGGACGACGGUGUCUGCAUCGAGAACGGCGAGAUCAUGUACGGCGUGAUCAACAAGAAGGUCGUUGGUGCCUCGGCAGGCGGUCUCAUCCACAUCAUUUUCCGAGAGAAAGGUCCUGUCGUCUGCAAGCGCUUCUUCUCGGGUGUCCAGCGCGUCGUCAACUUUUGGCUCUUGCACAACGGUUUCUCCAUCGGCAUCGGCGACACGGUCGCAGACAAGGCCACCACUGACAGCAUCAAUCAGACCAUCUCGGAUGCCAAGGCGGCCGUCAUGGACUACAUCGAGUACGCCCGACACGAUUGGCUCAAGGUCGAGGCCGGUAUGACGCUGCGAGAGUCCUUCGAGGCCAACGUUAACCGCGUGCUCAACCAGGCGCGUGACGACGUCGGUAACCACGCAGAGAGCUCGCUGCCCGACUUCAACAACGUCAAGCAGAUGGUCGUUGCUGGUUCCAAGGGUUCCUUCAUCAACAUCUCGCAGAUGUCCGCCUGUGUCGGCCAACAGUCCGUCGAGGGUAAGCGUAUUCCCUUCGGCUUCCGCCACCGCAGUCUUCCCCACUUCACCAAGGACGACUUCACGCCCGAGAGCCGCGGCUUCGUCGAGAACUCCUACCUCCGUGGUCUCACCGCUCAGGAGUUCUUCUUCCACGCCAUGGCCGGUCGAGAAGGUCUCAUCGACACGGCCGUCAAGACCGCCGAGACGGGCUACAUCCAGCGUCGUCUCGUCAAGGCGCUCGAGGACGUGAUGGUCUGCUACGACGGAACGGUGCGAAACUCGACCAACAACGUCAUCCAGUUCGCCUACGGAGAGGACGGCAUCGAUGGUGCUCAGGUCGAGACGCAGACCCUGCUCACGCUCAAGCUCAACGAUGCCGACUUCCGCCACAUGUUUCACGUCGACCUGCACGAUGGCGGCUUCCGAAAGGGCAGCCUGCGUCCCGGUCUUGGCGACUGGUCCCAGGAGCUUCAGGACCUGCUCGAUGAGGAGUUUGCUAUUCUCGAGGCGGACCGCCACCUGCUGCGUACGGAGAUCUUCCAAUCGGACCAGGUGCAGGUGCGCCUGCCCAUGAACGUGGCGCGCCUGGUGAUGAACGCCCAGCAGAUCUUCCACAUCGACCACCGCAAGCCCAGCGACCUCUCACCGGCCGAGGUCAUCAUCGGUCUGCGCGAAGUGCUCGAGCGUCUGGUCGUCAUCCGCGGCGACGAUCCCAUCUCGCGCGAGGCGCAGUUGAACGCCACGCUGCUGUUCAAGAUCCACCUUCGCUCCUACCUGUGCUCCAAGUUGGUGAUCGAGCGGCACCACAUCAACAAGGAGGCGUGGGAGUGGAUCCUCGGUGAGAUCGAGGGCCAGUUCGCGCGUUCCGUCGCCAACCCAGGCGAGAUGUGCGGUACCUUGGCAGCACAGAGUAUCGGAGAGCCGGCGACGCAGAUGACGCUCAACACCUUCCACUAUGCCGGUGUGUCGAGUAAGAACGUCACUUUGGGUGUGCCGCGUCUCAAGGAGAUCAUCAACUGCGCCGAGAACAUCAAAACGCCCUCGGUGACCGUCUACCUGACAGAGGAGUACAGCCAGUCGCAGGAAUCGGCCAAGGUCAUCCAGACCGCCCUGGCUCACACCACGCUCCAGACCGUCACUUCGGCAGUCGAGGUGCACUACGACCCGGACCCGUCGGCGACGGUCAUCGAAGAGGACAAGGAUUUCGUCGAGGCCUUCUUCGCCAUUCCUGACGAGGAGGUCGAAGCGAGUCUGGAGCGUCAGUCGCCUUGGCUUCUGCGUCUGGAGCUGGACCGUGCGCAGAUGCUCGACAAGGAUCUCACGAUGGCCGAUGUAGCCUCCAAGAUCAGCGCCAUGUUUGGCCAGGACAUCUUUGUGAUGCACUCCGAAGACAACGCCGAGCAGCUCGUCCUGCGUAUCCGAGUCGUCGACAACGAUCCCGAGAAGGAGGCCCAGGGCGAAGAGGAGAUCUUCCUCAAGAACUUGGCCUCCCAGAUGUUAGCCGAGAUCGACCUCAAGGGUAUCAAGGGCAUCAAGAAGGUCUACAUUGUUCAGCAGGACAACAAGACCAGGCGUAUCGAUCCCGUCACGGGCGACUGGCGCACCGUGUCCGAGUGGGUGCUCGAGACCGACGGCAGCAACCUCUCCGAGGUGCUCGCCGUCCAUGGAGUCGACGCCAUCCGCACCAGCUGCAACAACCCAGUCGAGAUCUUCCGCGUCUUUGGUAUCGAGGCUGCCCGAAACUCGCUGCUCAAGGAGACGCGUGCCGUUAUCGAGUUCGACGGUUCGUACGUCAACUACCGCCAUCUGGCGCUCUUGUGCGACAUCAUGACGAGCCAGGGAGCCUUGAUGGCUAUCACUCGCCACGGUAUCAACCGCACCAACCAGGGAGCGCUCAUGCGUUGCACGUUCGAAGAGACCGUCGAGCUGCUCAUCGAGGCGGCCUCGAUGGGUGACAUCGACGACUGCAAGGGUGUGGCACAGAACGUGCUGCUCGGCCAGAUGGCACCGAUGGGCACCGGAGCGUUCGAUCUCAACCUGGAUCUGGACAUGCUCAAGGACACCAUCGUGAACCAUGCGCUGCCGUACGACACGCUGCUGGCCUCGCGCUCGCUUGACCACGCCGGCGGAAAGACGCCUGGUGCGAUGACGCCCUACGACUCGAGCUCGCCUGCUUCGGACGACGCCUUCCGCGUGCACGAGCAGGCCAUGUUCAGUCCGCUGGCGCAGACGGGCGGCGACGAGGGCGGAUACAACGACUACCUGUUGGCAGGUCAGAGCCCCAUGCGCACGCCACUGGGAGCCCAGAGCCCCGCCGGCUACGGCUUCUCGCCCGUGUCGCCCGGCUACAUGCCCACGUCGCCGGGCUACGCUACCUCGCCAGCAGGCGCUCUGGGCGGCAUGAGUCCUUGGACCGGCAACAACGGCCUCGGAGGCACCUCGCCGGCGUACAGCCCCACGUCGCCGCGCAUCUUUGGCGGUGCGACAAGUCCGUCGUAUUCGCCAACCUCGCCGAGCUACAGUCCCGCGUCGCCCAACUACUCGCCAUCGUCGCCGGCGGGUGCAGGAUACUCGCCGACGAGCCCGCGCAUGAGCCCGACGAGCCCCAUGGGUCGUUACGGCGCUGCUAUCAGCCCGCAGUACUCGCCCGCCUCGCCCAAGUUCUCGCCGACGAGCCCGAACUACAGUCCGGCCAGUCCUGCGUACACGCCGACCUCGCCGGUCUACUCGCCCACAUCGCCUGCCAUGGCGGGCCGAGGAGGUGCCAAGGGCUUCAGCCCAGCCUCGCCCGCCUAUUCGCCCACCUCGCCGCAGUACUCGCCAGCUUCACCGGCCUUCUCGCCGACGUCGCCGCAGUACUCACCGGCUUCGCCCCAGUACUCGCCUACCUCGCCGCAAUACUCUCCCACCAGCCCGGUCAUGGGCGGCGGUGCGUCAGGACCGGGCGCCGGUGGACCCGGAGGCGCUGCAUCUCCGCGUCGCAGCCGCAUGUCUAACAAGCCGGCAUGGCAGCGUUGA